UGAGAUAAGGUUUUUCUUGUUUGCUCCCUUGUUGUAUAACAUAACAAGAAGCAACCCAAUCCUGUGGCUCUCUCUCAAUCCCUUCAACUACUCUCUAAUUCCUAUAGUGAGAGCAAAAGGGAGAAGAGAAGUGCGUUACUCCUUCAAGAAACUAAAAAAACUCUUUUUUGCAGUAAAGAAUCUUUGAAUUGAGUUCAAGGCAAAGUAUCUUUUUUUUUUCCUUCCUUUAAACCCUAAUAAACAUCUAAUCGAAGAAAACAGAAAAAAAGAAAGCCAUGACUACUCUUCAAGCUUCUCUUAUCUUCAAGCCUUUACCUUCUCCUCUUUUCCAAUUUUCUUCUUCCAAACCCUUUUACUCCCUUCGUUUAUCCACAACAACUGCGUUUACUUCUUUAAAGCCUCGUUUUUGCCGCCACAAUUUACUGCUUCACUGUACAUUGACUCCUGACAAUGUCAAUUCUGAUUUUGCCUUAUCCAAUAAUAAUGACACUGAAAUUGAACCCCGAGAAUUCAAUGAACCCUCCUCCUUUGGUGAGAGCAGUAGUUCAAUUCAAGAAGCGGGUAAUGUUGUGGAAUCUGAGGUAUUGGUGGAGGAGAAUGAGGAAAUGAAGAGGAAGUUGCCUAUAGUGGUUUUCUUGAUGGGUUUAUUUGCUAAGGUCAAGAAUGGGUUUGAGAAGAUUUUGCUUUCUGAUUGGUUUAGUUGGUGGCCCUUUUGGCAGCAAGAGAAGCGUCUCGACAGACUGAUUGCUGAUGCUGAUGCUAAUCCUAAGGACGCAGCUAUGCAGAGUGCUUUGCUGGUUGAACUCAACAAGCACAGCCCUGAGUCUGUCAUUCGGCGCUUUGAGCAGAGAGCACAUGCUGUAGACAGUAGAGGAGUUGCAGAAUAUUUACGAGCUCUUGUGACGACAAAUGUUAUUUCCGAAUAUCUACCUGAUGAGCAAUCCGGAAAGCCUUCUAGUCUUCCUUCACUGUUGCAAGAGUUGAAGCAGCGGGCGUCAGGGAACAUGGAUGAGCCGUUUCUCAAUCCUGGCAUUUCCGAGAAGCAGCCAUUGCAUGUUGUGAUGGUUGAUCCUAAAGUUUCAAACAGAUCAUCACGUUUUGCGCAAGAGUUUCUCUCAACUAUCAUAUUCACUAUUGCCAUUGGCUUGGUCUGGAUAAUGGGUGCUACUGCACUUCAGAAAUACAUUGGUGGCCUAGGUGGGAUAGGAGCUUCAGGUGUUGGUUCAAGCUCAUCCUAUGCCCCGAAAGAGUUGAAUAAAGAAAUAAUGCCUGAGAAGAAUGUCAAAACGUUUAAGGAUGUCAAAGGUUGUGAUGAUGCUAAGCAAGAGCUUGAGGAGGUUGUUGAGUACCUCAAAAAUCCUGCUAAGUUCACUCGGCUUGGGGGAAAGUUGCCGAAGGGAAUUCUUUUGACUGGAGCACCUGGAACAGGAAAAACCCUCCUCGCCAAGGCUAUCGCUGGAGAAGCAGGGGUGCCUUUCUUUUAUAAGGCAGGCUCUGAAUUUGAAGAAAUGUUUGUGGGAGUUGGUGCUCGACGUGUUAGAUCUUUGUUUCAAGCUGCUAAGAAGAAGGCUCCAUGCAUCAUAUUUAUUGAUGAAAUUGAUGCUGUUGGAUCAACUCGAAAGCAGUGGGAAGGUCAUACUAAGAAGACACUGCAUCAGUUACUUGUUGAGAUGGAUGGUUUUGAGCAAAAUGAGGGCAUAAUAUUGAUGGCUGCGACAAACUUGCCGGAUAUACUUGAUCCCGCCUUGACAAGACCCGGUAGAUUUGAUAGGCAUAUUGUAGUUCCAAAUCCAGAUGUGCGGGGCCGUCAAGAGAUCUUAGAGCUUUAUUUGCAAGACAAACCAGUCGGUGAUGAUGUUGAUGUGAAAGCGAUUGCUCGUGGAACACCAGGAUUCAAUGGAGCAGAUUUGGCAAACCUUGUGAAUAUUGCUGCCAUUAAGGCUGCUGUUGAAGGUGCUGAGAAGCUAAAUGCAUCACAGUUGGAGUUUGCAAAAGAUAGAAUAAUAAUGGGAACAGAACGCAAAACCAUGUUCCUGUCAGAAGACUCAAAGAAGUUAACUGCAUAUCAUGAGAGUGGCCAUGCUAUUGUUGCCUUGAAUACUGAAGGUGCACAUCCAAUCCAUAAAGCUACAAUCAUGCCACGUGGGUCUGCUCUGGGAAUGGUUACUCAGCUUCCUUCAAAUGAUGAGACAUCAAUCAGCAAAAAACAGUUGUUAGCACGGCUUGAUGUUUGUAUGGGAGGAAGAGUAGCAGAGGAGCUUAUCUUUGGUCAAGACAAUGUAACUACUGGGGCUACUAGUGACCUUCACACAGCUACAGAACUUGCUCAAUACAUGGUAUCGUCCUGUGGGAUGAGUGAUGCAAUUGGACCUGUUCACAUCAAAGAGCGGCCAAGUGCUGAAAUGCAAUCACGUAUUGAUGCGGAGGUGGUUAAACUUCUAAGAGAAGCUUAUGAUCGUGUAAAGGCCCUCCUAAAGAAGCAUGAAAAGGCUCUGCAUGCUCUGGCCAAUGCACUUCUGGAGUGUGAAACAUUGAGUUCAGAAGAAAUAAGGCGAAUUCUUCUCCCUUUAUCCGAAGAACGGCUCUCUGAACAACAGCAGCAGCCACAAGACGAAGAAGCACUUGCAUUGGUUUAGGUGUCGCUUUCUCUUCCAUGGGUGAUCAUCUCAGCUGGUGUAGGGAGAUAGUGUACAGUUUAUACGACACACUAGUCUGAUUAUUUCAUCUACAGAUCAUAGAAUUUCUUUUUCCUCACUGUUGUAACAUAUUUAUAGGACUUUCAUUUCCUGGCAGCAGACAGAACAGGUAGCUUCAGUAGAGUAUUGUACGCCUCGGUCGGAAUUCAGGAUUUCUUUUUUCCGUUUUUCUCUUUCAGCCACUUUAAAAUUGAAAAUACCCUGUAUUGGGUAAAAUUUUGCAUGUAAACUGGGGAAUUGUAUAUUAAUUUUUUGAAAAUAAGAUGUCCUAUUUUAACAUCA